CUCAUGUCAGCAUCUGAGGCAAAUACUUCAAAAUUCACCCAUUGGACAUGAAAGAAUUUACUGGAAAAUAAGUGGAGAGACAGAGGAGGGAAUCAGCUGCCAGAGCUCAGAAAGUGUCUGAAGUCCGUCGGAAGAAAAAAAGGAUUUAUCUCUGGCUUUCAGAACUCAGAGUGAUAUGGCUGGCAUUCUCCGCAAGCACGCAGCAUGCAUCCCCUGCGUGUGGAUCUUCCUCAUGCUUUUCGACCCCAGCUUGCAAACCAGGGCUGUAACAGGUCACAGAGAACCCAUUCCCGAUGACAGCAAAGACAACAUCACCAUCUUUACCCGGAUCUUGGAUCGCUUGCUGGAUGGUUACGACAACAGAUUGCGUCCCGGACUAGGAGAAAGUGUGACUGAGGUGAGGACAAACAUCUAUGUGACAAGCUUCGGACCAGUAUCAGACACUGAUAUGGAAUACACGAUUGAUGUGUUCUUCCGGCAAAGUUGGCGGGAUGAGAGGCUGAAGUUUGAUGGGCCUAUGCAGGUUCUUCCACUUAACAACUUGCUCGCCAGCAAGAUUUGGACUCCAGAUACUUUCUUCCACAAUGGGAAGAAGUCAGUAGCCCACAAUAUGACUACACCCAAUAAACUUCUGCGGCUGGUAGACAACGGAACUCUUCUCUACACAAUGAGAUUAACCAUCCAUGCUGAGUGCCCUAUGCAUCUGGAGGAUUUUCCUAUGGAUGCCCAUGCCUGCCCGCUGAAGUUCGGAAGCUAUGCCUACACCAACAAUGAGGUUGUCUAUAUCUGGACAGCGGAUGAUGAGAAAUCUGUUUCUGUGGCUCCUGAUGGUUCUAGACUCAACCAGUAUGACCUGCUGGGCCAUGUCAUUGGCAAAGAGACCAUCAGCUCCAGUACAGGAGAAUAUGUGGUGAUGACAACAUAUUUCCAUUUGAAAAGGAAAAUUGGAUAUUUUGUGAUCCAGACGUAUCUCCCCUGCAUAAUGACCGUCAUUCUGUCUCAGGUCUCCUUCUGGCUGAACCGGGAGUCCGUUCCAGCACGUACCGUCUUCGGUGUCACAACUGUCCUGACCAUGACCACAUUGAGUAUAAGUGCCCGGAACUCACUUCCAAAGGUGGCCUAUGCAACAGCUAUGGACUGGUUUAUGGCAGUGUGCUAUGCUUUUGUCUUCUCUGCUCUCAUUGAGUUUGCCACUGUCAACUACUUCACAAAGCGCAGCUGGGCCUGGGAUGGUCAGAAGGAGGCCCAGGAGAUGCGGAGGCGAGAGUCAGCUUCCUUCUCCAAGAAGACCAACAACACUUUCAACAUCGUGGGAACCACCUACAGCAUGAGCGUAGCCAAAGAUCCCGGACUGACAACCAUCUCCAAGAGCGCCACAUCCACGUCCACCCCAUCCCAGCCGGUCCGAGAGGUCCGGCUGCCCAAAAUGGAUGGUGAAUACGUGCCGGAGGGUGUAAGAAAGUCAUACAAUCGUGUGAGCAAAGUGGACAAGAUCUCUCGUAUCAUCUUUCCAGUGCUCUUCUUCAUCUUCAACCUGGCUUACUGGGCCACUUACGUCAACAGAAAGCCGACCAUCAACCGGUCCAGCCCACAGAAAUGAACAUGAACACCGAAAAUAAAUAAAUAAACUGCCAGUCCAGUCUUAAUCAGCAACAUGAUGC